AUGACCAAACAACCUCAUCCCGACCCAGACAGCAUCGCAGACUGCGUGCUGGAGACCUUCGAUGCCCUGCCACAGAAAUACAAACCUCGCCUGCUGGCGGAUGGGAGGCGCGAAUGGGUUCCUUUGGCAGGCAUUGUCUUGAGCAGAGGUAAACAACCAAGCAAGGCCCUGUCAAAAGCGCUUUUCACUCGAAUGCUGACCUGUUGAGUUGAUGACAGGGAAGACCGCGAUUCCUUGACCUGCGCAGCCCUCGCGACUGGAAUGAAAUGCCUGCCCAGGGAAAAGGUGGAAGCUGGAGAGAUACAGGGUAACGUGCUGCAUGAUUGGCAUGCGGAAGUGUUGGCUAUUAGGGGGUUUAAUAGGUGGAUUUUGGAUGAGUGUGAGGAGUUGGUUCGGAGGGAAGAGAAGGAGGAGGGAACUUGGGUGAGAUGGAGGGAUGAGAGGAGGAUGCAAAUGCUGGAGGAGGGAGAUCGUGUCGAGGGUAAGGAGGUACGUUUCACUCGACUUGAUAUGCGUUGAAGAGCGUACGAGGACUCUUCACACGCUGACUUGGAGAGCAGGAGACGUUCGAACCGCCCUUCGAACUCCAACCCAACAUCUCCAUCCACAUGUAUUGCUCCCAAGCACCCUGCGGCGACGCCAGCAUGGAACUCACAAUGGCUGAGCAAGAAGACGCGACGCCCUGGACAACACCACCACCCUCAGCCAUUUCUUCAUCUCCAUCAGAGCCCUCAGAAGAGAUCACAAUGCUAGGCCGCGGCCACUUCGACCAGCUCGGCAUCGUUCGCAGGAAACCUUCACGCCCCGACGCCCCAAUCACGCUAAGCAAAAGCUGCUCCGACAAACUAGCCCUGAAACAGAUCACAGGCCUCCUCAACAGCAUGACGACCCUCCUCGUCCACCCAGACCGAACCUACCUUUCGACUCUAGUCUUACCAGAAUCCCAACACGUCCCUUCAGCCGUGGAGAGAGCUUUCGGACCCACAGGGAGAAUGGCACCGCUUACUUCCAAAACCUGGCGCAAGACUGGGUAUGGUUUCAAGCCGUUUGAAGUCCUAACGACGAAGAGAGAGUUCGAUUUCUCGAAACGCACAGGGGCGGUUCCGAGUAAUCUGUCCGCGCUGUACACUCCUCAUCGGAGUGAAAUGCUGACCAAGGGUGUGCUGCAGGGGCGGAAACAGCUCGAUGCGAAGGGUGCGAGUUCUGUUAGUCGGAGAUUACUCUGGAAGAAGGUUUUGGCAAUAGCGGUGCUGGGUGGUAUACCGGCGCUAGAACGGGUGUUGAGGAAGGAGACGUAUGAGCAAGUGAAGCAGAGUAGGCAGUUGGAGGGGAGGGAGGAAGCUAAGAGGACGGCUAGGGAGAUCAGCUUGCGAGGGUGGAGGAGAAAUGAUGGGGAUGAGAGAUGGGGAUUGGAUUAG